AUGUCGAUAGCACCGAUUAUCACCUUCAAGGGUGGCAUCUGUGAGCUGGAUACCUCCGUCACCCCCAACGCCGUCAAGGCCCGGCCUACGCCCGGAUACAUCUACCUCUACUCGGAAGAUGACCUUGUGCAUUUCUGCUGGCGGCCGCGUUCGGCGCCCAUAGAUCAGCCGGAGCUCGAUCUGGUCAUGGUGCCUUCCGACGGAACAUUCACGCCAUACAAACCCACCAGCGCCCAGAGACCGUCCAACCCCGAACGGCCCACGAACGGCAGAAUAUACGUUUUAAAGUUUGCUUCCAGCUCGCAGAGACACCUUUUCUGGCUGCAAUCUCGGAGUCAACAUGAGCAGGGUAAUCCAGCAUGGUUCAGCGCGCGAGAUCUGAAACUGGGCCAGAUCGUCAACACCCUGCUGCAAGGCGAAGAUAUCGAUGUGCAAGACGCCAUUGACAGCCUGCCCAGAGGAGACGACGGUAAUGAUGGUGGUGAUGAUGACGAGACUAUGGAAGACGUAGAGGGAACAGACCAUAGCCCUGAGAGACGACGACAUGGUGGCAGCGGAGGUGCUGGGCCUGGUGCUACGGGCGGUGACAUACGAGAAGAAGGUCAAGAGUCAAGAGAGGGAGGAGCAGAUGGCGGACGAGCUGCUGCCGGUUCGGAUCCCUCCUCCGUUGUACAAAACUUUCUUCGGUCCUUGCAAGGCAAUAAUAGCCAGCAAGAGACGACAGAAUCGCGGUACACGACUCUUGCCGAUCUACUAUCGACCCCAUCGACUCUACCUUUCCUUGAAUCGGCAGACGAGAGCACUCUCAACCAGCUGCUCAGUUCUCUUCCCGAGUCGUUGCAGCUCCUCUCCAAGCAAAAUAGCAACGCACCAGUCGAGCGUAUUAGCGUCGACAAGAAACGUAACGCCCUCCGUAAGGUUCUUCGCUCUCCACAGUUUGCACAGAGCCUUGGUAGCCUUACCAUGGCCAUCAGAGACGGAGGACUUCCCAGUAUUAGUGACGCACUCAAGAUCCCGGUCCAGAAUGGCGGUUUCAUGCGUCGCGGUGGUGUCCCGCUUGGUGGAGGAGAGGCUGUCAAAGCGUUUGUCGAAGGCGUCCGGCAGCAAGUAGAGGACAACCAGAAGGGUGAUAGUAUGGAGACAGACUGA